AUGCGUCGAUUAACCACAACGCUUCUCAGGCACUCGUCCUUCCCAGGACGGCCUGCUAUCCAGAAUCUUCCCCGAUACCCACGAGCAGCACGGACACAAUGGCUAUCCUCCACGUCGACUCGACACUGUUCAUGCUCGGAUCCGCGGCCUGACCAAGUUCGCACCGCAGAGACAUCGUCCAGCCCUCAAUCAUCGACCCCGAACGCCGACUAUCGAGCUUUGGGGACAUUUCAGGAUCUCUUUACGUCGUCGACCUACAGUCCCGGAUCUCCUCUUUUCCUCCCCAACGGUACCCACGUCGUCAACAAGCUCAUCUCGUUCCUCCGCACACAGUACCUCCAAUACGGUUUCCGCGAAGUUCUUACACCCUCCAUCUACAAGCGUUCAUUAUGGGAAGUGUCCGGCCAUUGGCAAAAUUACAAGGAUGAUAUGUACGAGGUCCGCGGGCGAGGUGCGACUGGAGACACGGAAGGCGAAGCUGGCGAGGACGAGUCGUACGGACUGAAGCCGAUGAAUUGUCCCGGCCACUGCCUCUUGUUCAAGUCGCAAAAUCACUCAUACCGAGAAUUGCCUAUCCGGUACGCAGACUUCAGUCCUCUGCACCGGAACGAGGUCUCGGGCUCGCUGAGUGGUCUCACUCGUGUUCGUCGGUUCCAUCAGGAUGAUGGCCAUAUCUUCUGCCGCCCACAGCAGAUCAAGAAGGAGAUUGCGUCUGCCUUGGGAUUCGUGGAUAUGGUGAUGACGACGUUUGGACUGGGACCGUAUCGUCUUGUGCUUUCUACUCGACCGGAACAGGACUACAUUGGCAGUCUGGAUCUGUGGAAUAGUGCUGAAGCGCAGCUGCGCGAGGCACUGGAUAACAGUGGACGGGAAUGGGCCAUGAACGAGGGGGAUGGUGCCUUCUACGGACCCAAGAUUGAUAUUCAGCUGCAGGACCAGGCGGGCAAGUAUCAUCAACUGUCGACUAUUCAGUUGGACAUGAAUCUUCCGCAAAGGUUCGAGUUGGAGUAUCAAGUGGCAGAGGGCGAGGAGGACUACAACCCAGCGACCCCUGGGAAGGCGACGCCUGUGCUGGUUCACCGGGCGAUCUUUGGCUCAUUGGAGCGAUUCCUUGCGUUGAUCAUUGAACAAAAUGGCGGUCGCUGGCCAUUUUGGCUUUCUCCACGUCAGGGCAUCAUCCUCACUGUCAACCAGGACGAGGCAGUAUUGCAGCAAGCGCAGGAAGCGGCCGCGAAGAUCUCUGGUUUCCGGGCCCUGAUCCCAGAGCAGAAUGGUGGCAAGACACCUAAGCCUCUUUCGUCGGUUGAUUCCACGUUCCUGAUCGACGUGGACAACAGCAGCCAGACCCUUGGAAAAAAGAUCCAGCGGGCGAAGCAGAUGAAGUACAACCUGAUCUUUAUCCUGGGAUCCAAGGAUUUGGCGGAUGGUAGCAUCACAGUUGAUGUCACCGGUCAAAUGCAGAGCAGCACCGAUCAAGGUGGCCAGAAGCUACGUGAGAUUCUGGCUGCUCGGCUUGGGGAGCAAUCCUUACAAAACCCACGAGCGGUGAAGGUGAAGGUUGACCAUGUGCAUGAUGUCCUGGUGCAGUGUGAAAAGGAAUUUGUAUGA